AUGUUGCAAAUCGCCUACGCUCAUCCAGCGUCAUCCGCGGAAGACGAGUACAUGGCAUUCGCAGACCGCGCCGCUGUUGCUGUCACCGCAAUAGGUAUUGUCUCUCCGCUGGCCGACUUUGUUCCCAUCUUGAAGUACAUCCCGACAUGGAUGCCUGGCGCAGGCUUCAAACGUCAAGCCCUGCGAGCUAGGGAUAUGUGGGCUGAGAUGACACGCAUACCGUAUCAGAGGAUUUGUGAUGACAUGGCUCUCGGGAAAGCAAGGCCCUCGUUUACCACUUUCAUGAUUCAACAAGUGUCGCGAGAUGGAAAUCUCACGGACGACAAUAAUCACGACAUCAGCAAUGCUGCAUCCGUGAUGUACGGAGCCGGAGUUGAUACGACCUUGCACACGCUGCUUACUCUGCUUCUGGCAUUGACGAUCUAUCCGCAAGUUGUAGACAAGGCGCAAGCGGAAAUCGACAAAGUGGUCGGUACAUCUCGUCUUCCUGAGCUUGCCGACAGGGAAUCUCUGCCAUACUUGGGCUGUAUUGUGCAGGAGGUGCAUCGAUGGAACCCUGCUACGCCGCUCGGAAUACCACACCGUCUUCAAGAGAAUGACAGCUACAACGGAUAUGGUCUCCCGGAAGGCUCCAUGUUUAUCACAAACACGUGGGCAAUGAGUAGAGACCCGGGGCUGUACCCAGAUCCUGAAGUGUUUCGUCCAGAGCGCUUCGAGGAGAUGGAUGCGGAGACAGCCAGUGCGAGGGAUCCAGGGAAGUAUACUUUCGGGUUUGGUCGCCGUAUCUGUCCUGGUCGCUACCUCGCUGACACCAGCAUCUAG